AUGACUUCAGAUAUUUCUGUGUCACUCACUGGAGACAAGGAUGUUCUCUGGAAAUCCUGUUUUGAAAUGGAUCAUGAAAUGAUGAUCACAGUCCCAGGUCGUCGUAUGUGCCCCUUAUUGGAAUAUGAGGUAAAGGGAUUGGAUCCAUUGAAGAUUUAUUCAAUGAGCGCUCAUUUCGAGUUAGUCGACGAGAUGAAGUAUAGAUUCGUCGGUGGAAACUGGACACAAUCUCCAUCAACAGAGGAGAAAGGAGAUCCACGGAUUGUAUUUCAUCGAAAUGGUCCACAACUUGGCCAGAAUUGGAUGGAUCAGCCACUCAGUUUCGAUCAAAUAAGAAUCACUAAUCGCAAAUCAAAUGAGAGAAUCAACGGACCUUCAUUCGUAAGUUUUAUUCUUUACUUUUCAAUUAUUCCAGAUUUUAAAUCGUAUUCUUUUACAGGUUCACCUCUUCACUCAACACCGAUACAUCCCGGUCCAGUUCUCCAAUGUAUUCUCCCACAACAGCAUUUUCUCCGACAGUAUAAUCAGUUCUUGUCCCUAAUGGGAAUCCCCCUUCAACAACAGUCAAUGGACAUGAAUCAAUUCUUCUCAACACUCCACAUAACUCCACCAAUCACUCCAGAAGCUUCGUCUCAAGUUGAGAGUUUUCCAGUCAGGGAUGAGCCAGUUGAUCCAACUAUUGAUAUCUAA